UCAAAAAUCUUGAAGCACUCCUAUCCAAUUACCAAUUCUACACUCAUAUAACCAAACGUGAAACAUAAGUCAAGUUCUCCAAUUUCAUCUCCAACAAACCCAAAAACCCCUACACAACGUCGUCGUUUUCGAUCACCCUCACUCUGUAACACAACACAAUGACUACAAAAUUGAAGAUAGCAGGGGCAUGGUCCGGUGUUCUAGAAGCCCAAUUGGACGAUUGGACCGUACCCUUUUUGAAACAACAAAUUGCAAACCGAUUAGACUGUUCUACAGACUCGAUCAACCUCAUAACUGCAGGCAAAGUGUUGCGGGACGAUAGUGGGACCCAGAAGUUGAUCGAAUUGGGUUUGAAGAACAAUUCAAAGAUUUUGGUCACUAGGGUAUCACCUGAUCAGGGUAAAGAGUUGGUUGCUGAAGAAGAGAAGUCUACCAGGCUGCAACGACUCAAGGCUGCUGCAACUUCACUGGCGAAAAGGCAUGCUGAUGGUUCAUUGCCGGUUGAAGAUUUUAAUCUUGAAUUGGAGAAUCAAAGUGGGGAGAAAGUGAAGCUGGGAACCGAAGAUGAUCAACGUGCACUAAUGAUGGGACUUAUGUUUCAUGGAAAAGCGAAACGAUUGGUCAAAAGUAAGAAGUAUGAAGACGCCUUGGAAGUUUUAACUAUGGGAGAGGAGGCGUUCUCACUAUGCGACUCCAGUGUCGUUCAGCUAAUUGACAACGUCCCAAUACUUCAAAUAGAUAUGGUUUGGUGUUAUUUUAUGCUUAAAGACAUCAGUAAACUAUCAGUAGCUGGAAAACGCCUCGAAGAGGCCCGAAAAGGAAUCGAACGGUCUCAUGGGAAAGAAUCGACCCGUCUCAGACUUCUUCAUGGAAACGCUCAUCCCGAACUUGCAUUGCAUUUGAGAUUGGAAUUACUGGAAGGUAUAGUGGCAUACCAUAGCGGUGAUCUCGAAAAGGCGAAGAGAUCAUUGAAUAGCGCUAGGAGUAGAUACUUGGAGCUUCAGGUUCCGGAUGAAGAACUAUCAAUGCUAAUGGGGAUGGGGUACGGAGAACGUGCUGCAAAAAGGGCGUUACGUAUGAACCGACAAAGUGUUGAGCGCGCGGUUGAUUUUCUCGUUGAGGAAAGAGCUAAGAAACAACAAAAGUACGAGGAUGACCUCAGGCGAAGAAAUGAAAUCAUGGAGCAAAAGAGGUUUGGAGUUACCCCACUUAAAAAAGCAGUCGAUCUUGAGAAGUUAAAGGAGUUGGUAUCGAUUGGUUUUGAGAAGGAACUUGCGGCAGAAUCUCUUAGAAGAAAUGAAAAUGAAAUGCAAAAAGCUCUUGAUGACUUGACAAAUCCAGAUACUAAUUCUGAUAUACAGCUUUUUAUUGAGUCGCGAAAGAAGAAGAGAGCACGUAGAGCUUCGGAUGCUGCUGUUGAAAGACUUGUUACCUUAGGGUUCCCUAGAGAAGCAGUUGUGGCUGCUGUUGACGCUCACGGAACAGAAGAACGCGCUUUAAAUCAUCUACUAGAACAGAACGUGCCGAAGGAGAGUGCACCGCCGACAGGUCCGGUGGCGGAGAACGUCGGGAGUUCUAGCGGCUCUGGCGGUGCCAGCUCAUCAGAUGGCGGCACUGGAACCGUUCCGAACAAUGGAAAUAUACCGAUCUUUGAUCAGGAAAUGGAAAGGGAUGUGGAGAUGGAACAUGAGAUUACAGGUGAUUUACGGAGUGAAGAUGUGUUUUCGGAUUAUGAUAUGGAGCUUACUAGAGAAAGUGAAGCUAUAGAGGAGUAUUUGGCUCUUGUGUUGGUCUAAUUAUCUCACUAAUUAAGUAGUUAUUAUGCUCUAAUUAUUAUGCACAUAUGAUGUUUUUUUUUUUCAUGGGAUUUUUCUAGUUUUAGUUUCUAAGUGAUGUUGGAUGGAUGAUGUUAUUAACUUAUUUUUAAGAAUGUUUUUAUUAAACUAGUAUUAUUAGUA